AUGGCGUACCAGGAUCAAAAUGAUUUGGCAAUCGCGUUGGCAUUGAGCCAACAAACAGCUCGAGAAGAACGUGUCCGUCGCCGUCAACCACUCCAACAACUUCGUCUGCCUCAGCAAAAUUCACAGCAAGAUGCACAGCAAAAUUCACAACAGCAGCAGCAGCAGCAACCACAGCAUCAGCAGAAAAAACGCUCUUCUUUUUCCAGAACAACAAGGACUGAAGCAGAGUGGAGGAAUGAUCUGCUUUCGAUUUACGACCAGCUUUACAAGUCUCGUUCCGACGAGAAUAAACCGAAGAUGACCCUUCGGGGCUUUUGUGUUGAGAUUGAUCGCUUCUCUCAAUACAAGCGGCUGUCACAGGUCUGGAAAGAACUUCAGCUUGAAGAAUGCUUGUCGAAAAGAGUGCCCCCAACAGAUCCGAUGUUGAUCAACAAAAUCAACUCUCGCUUUCCGUGCUCGACCGAUCACAUUGAAAUUCAAGAUGAAGACUCCCAAGAAUCUGAGACAAACAACCGUAAUAGAUCUGCCAAAAAUGAAAUGAGGGACCAUACUCAAUGGAAAGAUUUGAUUCAAAAUAUCUAUGGUUUCCUAUCCAGUGCUCGAGUCUCCGGUCAGAAAGAGUCUGUGCACUCCUACUGUGUGAAAGUGCUGAAAGCUAAGAGUGCCUAUCGACGCAUUGCUGACAUUUGGAAGGAGCUCGAACUGGAAAUUGAUCUUACCAAUGGAGUCUCUCCUCUUGAUAGCAACUUCAAAGAAAAGCUGGAGCAAAGGUUUCCUUGUACCGAGCAACCAAGCACACGCAACAACAGUAGCAACGAUGCUCCCCGUCGGGCUCGAGAUCUCCAGCCAAGUUCAAGCUCCUUUUUCGACAAAGUAGAGGAGGCACUAUUCGCUGAACUAGUAAGCGGCUUUGCGAAGUCGGGGUUUCCACUUGAAAAGGCAGAUUUAAAGCGAUAUGCCGACUCGUACCUUGCUGCCGAGGGAAUCGAUGUUCACCUUAGCAAUGACACUAUUGAACGAAUCUACAAAGCAGCACAAAUCAAAGCAAAGACCAACGUGAAUUCCAUCGAUCCCAAGAGAGCCUCGCAAGCAGAUCCACGAACACUCAAUGCAAUGUAUCACCAACUGGACGCGCUGAUCAAAAUGGCACACGAGAUAGACCCAAUUGCUUGGCCAGAGGAUCGAUAUGCGAACAUUCCACCUACUCGCAUCUACAAUACGGAUGAACAGGGGCCCAAUCCAACACAUCUUCGAAAUCCAGUACUGAUCCCCAGAGACAUGCUUGUUGGUCGCUCCCGUCUCUUCCAGAACACAAGGGAAGGAGAUAACAAGAUGGCAUUCCAUUAUACAGUUGCCAACAUUGUGAGGGCAGAUGGCGCCCAGCACCAACCGUUUGAGUCAGUCGACGGUGCUCCAGCUCCAUAUAUCAUUAUUUCCGAUGCGUCCAGUGCAACAGAACUCGACACGAUGGAAAAAGCCGAUAGAGACAAGCUGUUAGCAAAUCAGCGUGAAGAGGACACGACAAUUAAGCUGAACCCAUCGGUGUUGGAGAGUUGGUACGAUGGCUACCAGCUUGGAAAGAGAGAAGAGCUUGUUAACCCCUUUGGUUUUCAAGUGAGGGCAACACCAAGCGGCAGUAUGCUGAAGCGCACAUUUUAUGAUUUCUUGUUGCAUUUCAAGCAGCAGUUGCCUCACGACCAAGGGCCAGGAGGCCUUGGAGUUGUUCUCUUCUUGGAUUGGCAUUGCUCUCGCGAGUGCCCAUUGUCACUGAUCACGUCUCUGCUACGAUUCAACAUUCUGUUGUUUGUCCUUCCCUCCAAAACAAGUAUUUGGUCUCAACCAUGCGACAAUGGCAAAAAUGAGCUCACAGCAAAGGAUAUUGCACAGGUCGCUCAUGAGCUUGGAAUUCUAGUGGGUGGGACAUUGACUUACAGUGAAGCAAACAGAAUCUUCAGGCGUGGGUUGGAAAGGAAUUGCACUGAUCAAAAUAAUGAGCUACGGAGGACCGGCACAAACGGUGUGGCUAGCAGCUUUCGAAAAACCGGCCUCUAUCCAAUGGAUUACAACAAUGAGGGAUGGACAAUGGCUUACCACAACUUUAACAAGCUGAAUGAGAUGAUCAAACAGCAAAAGAGGGAUUCCGGAGAAAGGCUCCCAGAGAUUAUUUGGGUGACAAAGCCAAGAGCAGUGGACCAACGAGAGGCUUUGACUGAUGAAGACGAGAGGCUUAUCCGAUCGUUCUUGCCGACCGAGGACUUUCUUGCUGGCACAGACGGCAGUGAUGACGAUUUACCUCUGGAAGUGCCACUCCUUUUCCUAGCAGUCGCAAUCGGGGACUACUUGCUCGGAAAGUACACGCUUGAUGAUGAUCGAGACUUAUCAAGCCCACCAAUCGCAACCGAAGAUUAUGAAGCAGCUGCCCUGAAGCUGGUCACCUUCGAAGCCGUAACAAGCAGCAACCACGUUGACACUACUUGCACGUUAACGCCGGAACAGGUUGCUCGUGACAAACUCCGUACCAAGCUUUCUUUGGUGAUAUUCGGCCAUGCAAUUGUUCUUCGAGAGAAAGAGUCUAACAGAGUGUUGAAUUUGACAAAGCAAUCCGCCGAACGAUUUUGUGUGUUUGAUAAUGAAAGAACCGAGAGCAAUAACAUGGAAAUAAGGAGCGUCAAACAGAUCUUAGAAACCUGCGUUGAUGCAGCCGAUGAUGAGCAAUACACUCUCACGAAGAAGGAUAAGCGAAAGCAACAAAAAAAGGAUCGAAUUGCAAGGAAGAAACUGAAUGAAUCGAUGUACGAAGAGGCUCAAGAGGUGGCCGACUCCCGACGACUGAAGAGGAAUGUGGAGGCAAUUGCGAAAUGUCUGCACGUGAAGAGGCCACGAUUCGCGAGCCGAUUAGCUACUCUUUUGGAGGACGAAGGAGUGCAACCGGAAGAACUGUACCAAGAGUAUGAAUCGGUUGUGUUAGAUCCUUUCACCGAUGUCAUUUCUGUGACGAGAGGCGACGUAACAAAGCCAAUCACCAUGACACGAGUUGGUACAGAUGUAACCGCAGUGAACUACACGAUGGAGACCAUUCUGAUGAAGGUCAUGAUUCAGAAGCAAGCCAAAGACCCUGGUGCCAUCAAACGAAGGAAACGAGGAAAGAUAGGACUGUCAACUCACCUUGGAAGAUCCGGUAUCAUUGCCGGCAUAUUAAUUCAACGGAAUAUCAAGGAAGAUGAACUCAAAGCGGUUAGAAAAGAAGAAAAGGGUGUUAUCGAUGAGCUUGAGAGGAUGAAAGCAUUGCAUGUGAAGGCUUGCACAUUGAUGCAAGAUCUCCCUGACUCAUUUUGGAAGGUUGAGGCUGUUAAGGGAUGGAGACGCAUGGCUCUAGUCAAGCUGUUCGAAGUCAAACUCGAGGUUGGUGUUAAGCCAAAUGCGGAAGCUUGGUCGACCGCCCUGAAACGGCUCUCUUUGACAAAAGCAACAGUAGAGACCAAAGUAGAAGAGCUGGAUAGGUCAAUACGCAACAAAGAAAGAGAGCUUGCCCCCCUCUUAGCCAAGCGACGUGAGGGUGAAGACUUCCUCAAUGAGACCCAAGAGUACGCACAAGGAGACGACAAAGAAGACGACGAAUACGACGACGAGAGUGUUGGAGAGGACGAGUAA